AUGGCGGCAGUGGCGGCUGCCGCCACCACCAGGAUGGCACAAAGGCCGAUUACAGCGACUUUUUUGAAGGCCAUUUUGUUGAUGGGGAGGGAGAAUUUAUAUGGAAGGAUUGAAGGAUUUUUUGUUUUCCUUCAAUCCAAGAAUCCUUGGACCCUGGGUCUGAACCCACUUUCUUCCUCGAGCACAGCGGACGGCCUCUUCAUUGGCAAUACAUAUAUCCACAUGUCGUGGAUCAACCUCACACAGAGAUGCACGUCCGGCACUAAGCAGGAAACGUCAUCCAGAAUCACAGGUAUUGCAGUCAACGUCAUCUGGAAUUGUCGGUACUACACUGGCAACAUCAUAUGGACUCCUAAAUGGGAUACUGACAAGUGUUCUGCUAGUAUUGGCUGGCAGCAACGAGUGAGAGAGAAAAGAGAACUGCGAUCCACGAUAGUGUUCGAUUUAUCCACAUCGAUGAAUCUCGCGGAGCACCUCAUCCACUAA